AAGAACUUUUAGAGAAUUUAUCUGGUGAUUCAAAAUAAUUUUGGACAUUUUUAUAAAAGGCUAUCAUGACUAGUAUGUUAUUAUCCUACUUUAGUUUAUAAAUAUGGCAUUACUAAUAUUUUAUUUGCUUAUUAUUUGUCUCUUUAAUUAGAAUAUAAGCUUCAUGAAAGUAGAGACAUGUUUCUUCACCACUGAUUUCAAUAAACCCACAACAAGGCUUGGCACAUAGUAGGCAUUAAAUGAAUAUCUGUUUAAUGAAUAAAUGAAUAAAUAGAGAUAAAUGACCUGCUUAAAGCAUAUUCUUCAUUUGACUCUCAAAUGAGUCAAUGAAACUGACUUUUUAUACGCCAUCUAAGAGGAGAUCAGUGUCUUUAUACCCAUAAGAGUUAAGACUGUUGAGACUAUGGUGAGAAGCAAUCAAACUACUACAGUGACAGAAUUUCUCUUCUCUGGAUUUCCUCAGUUUGAAGAUUGUAGUCUCCUCUUCUUCAUUCCUUUGUUUUUUAUCUACAUAUUCAUUGUCAUUGGGAAUCUCAUUGUGUUUUUUGCAGUCAGGAUGGAUACUCAUCUCCACAAUCCCAUGUAUAAUUUCAUCAGCAUUUUCUCAUUUUUGGAGAUCUGGUACAUCACAGCCACCAUCCCCAAGAUGCUCUCCAACCUUAUCAGUGAGCAGAGGACUAUCUCCAUAAUUGGCUGCCUCUUGCAGAUGUACUUUUUCCAUUCACUUGGAAAUUCUGAAGGGAUUUCGUUGACCACCAUGGCUAUUGAUAGAUACGUUGCCAUCUGUAACCCUCUCCACUACCCGACCAUCAUGACUUCCUGGCUGUGUACUCAGCUCUCUACAGGCUCCUGCAUCUUUGCCUUUCUUGUGUUGCUCCCAGAGAUUGUAUGGAUUUCCACGCUGCCCUUUGGCCCCAAUCAAAUCCAUCAGAUCUUCUAUGACUUUGAACCUGUGCUGCGCUCGGCCUGUACAGACACUUCCAUGAUCCUGGUUGAGGAUGUCAUCCACGCUAUUGCCAUCAUCUUCUCAGUACUGAUCAUUGCUCUCUCUUAUAUCAGAAUCAUCACUGUGAUUCUGGGGAUUCCUUCUGCUGAGGCUCAACAGAAGGCCUUUUCCACCUGUGCACCCCAUCUUGGUGUCUUUCUGAUGUUCUGUGGCAGUGUGUCGCUCAUGUACUUGCGUUUCUCUGCCACUUUCCCACUAAUUUUGGACACAGCCAUUGCACUGAUGUUUGCAGUCCUUGCUCCUUUUUUCAACCCUAUCAUUUAUAGCUUGAGAAACAAGGAUAUGAAGAUUGCAAUUAAGAAGCUUUUCUGGCCUCAGAAGGUGUUUAAUGCAUCUGCAAGUUAAUGCUAGCUCAUAGGCACCUACCAUUCUGAACCAUAAAAUUUACAUAUAACUCAUUUGUUGUCACACUGAUAUUUUGUGUCUGUUAUUCUAGUUCUUCUUGUGUUUAAGAGUACAUAUUUAUUUUGUUUAUACAUGUUCGAUUAAGAUAGCAUGGAUUACCUUUGUAGAG